UCCGUUAAUUGCUCAGCUCUUGUGUUUAUUCUCUCUAGUGCUACGUCACUGACUGACAUCUUCCGAUGAAAACAUGGACACACAAUUUCCCCAAAUUGAGCUAAUGGACUACCUUAACACUCUCUCCUCUUGCCAGUAUUCUGGUGGUGAAACAUGAGCCAGGGGCCAAAUAUAGCCCACACAGUGAGCAGUUAGGGAGCGGGACAGAUGGGAGAGCAGGCCACUGCAGAGGCAGUAUGCUAUUGGACCCUGAACCUGAAAGAUCCUGCUGGCUGGCUGACCAAUAAGGCUGCUCUCCUGGAAAGAAGCUCAUUCUUACUCAAUAAACAAGACAAACCUGGAACCAAACGCCCAGGAGGAAGCUUUGAGAUAUAAAUCCCACUUUAAGGAUGCAGGACGGGAGUUGGAAUCAGCCACUCCCCAUCUCUCUGCUGCUAAAGGACUCGGCAGCAGGCGGGGCUUCGGAGGGAGAUGGGGGGGUGUUUUCUGAGGCUUCAUCUGAUGGGGAACUUUUUCUGGAUUCUGUGACAGAGCUGGAUUCUGCAGACGGGGACUUUGCAGAUCUAACUGCCUUCUUGAGUGUGGAAGAGAUUAAUCGUAGCCUGGACCUAGCCCGGGAGGCUUUCGGUGAUCCGUGUGAAUCUGAGGAACCAGGCUCUUCUAACCCUACACCCCAGGAGCAGGCUCUCCAACCUCCUACCUCCCUCCCUGUGAACGCCCAGGUUACUGGAAACCCUUGCAGUAGCGCAAACCAGCACCACCAGACCAAAACCUCCUGCACAGAUGGAAACGUGGCAGUUAAAGCCACCACCAGCCAGAAUGUUUCCCUUAGCAAACCUCCACAGUCGUUCAGUGAGACUCUGUCCCCUGCUGAGAAGGUAGCUCGUCACAAGCCCAUCCAGCCGGUUUACAAGCAGGAUAAACCCAGGCUGGUUCACGACCUGGAGCUCAAUGACCGGGCAGCCUCAGCCACAGAGUUCUGCAGCAGAGCUGCAACAUUCAUCGAGGAGCUGUCAUCCAUUUUCAAAGGCUCUGCUCAUUUGGAGCAGCACGUGGAAGAGGACUCCUCCUCCCCUGAUAGUGGCUAUCUGUCCCCAAGGAGCCAGCGUCCAGUCCCACAGGGCUCUGUCUCUGCUCCCCCUCUUCCUCCCAGCCAGCAAAUGCAGACGCCCGACACAGGCACUGAGCCAGAAGGCCUAGCGGGGACGGCCACUCCUGCAAGGUACCAGCACCCUGGAGCUGCAGCCUCAUCUGCCUCUCUGUCUCCUCCUCACUUCCUCCAGAAGCUGAAGAGUCAGGAGGUGGCAGAAGGAAGCCCGAUCCGUCUGGAAUGCCGAGUGAGAGGAAACCCCCAGCCGCUCGUCAGGUGGUUCUGUGAAGGCCGUGAGCUGCACACCUCUCCCGACAUCCAGAUCUGGAGGGAUGGAGACCUGCACACGCUGGUGAUCGCCGAAGCCUUCGAGGACGAUACGGGACGUUACACCUGCGUGGCCUCCAACAGCCUGGGAGCCGACAACACCUCUGCCGAGGUUUACAUCGAAGGAGCUUCAUCAACGGACUCAGAAGGAGAAGGAGCAUCGUCCAAGCCCAGAUCAGGAGCCAUGCCUCAGGCUCAGAAGAAGACCACCUCUAUGUCCCUGACGAUACGCUCAUCGUCACCCAAAACCACAGAUGUUCUGCCCCGCCGCUCCACCCUGGUCCAGUCCCUGUCUCAGCCAGCUCAGCGGAUGCAGAGCCCGGUGUCCCUGCUCUGUGCUGGAGACGCAUCAGGGCCUCCUGUUUUCACAAAGCUCCUGCAGGACGUUCAGGCAUCUGAGGGCCAGGUGGUGGUUCUGGAGUGCAGGGUCCGUGGGAGCCCCCCUUUGCAGGUCCGAUGGUACCGGCAAGCGGAGGAGAUCCAGGACUCCCCUGAUUUUCGCAUUCUGCAGAAAAAGCCUCGGUCUGCAGCUGAGCCAGAGGAGAUCUGCACGUUGGUGAUAGCCGAGGCCUUUCCAGAAGACGGAGGUUUGUUUUCCUGCACCGCCUCCAACCCCUAUGGCUCCAUCAACAGCACAGCCCGACUCACUGUCACAGCAGCUGAGGACUCAUCCAGUAAUGGCAUGUCUGGUGAGAGCUCAGGGUUUGAGGAUGCAGCAGCCUUCCCCCCUCCUCCCCCACCCACAGAGAUCAGCCUCCUGGAGCUGCCACCCAAGAUGCUGCCGCAGCCCAGCGCCGGGGCUUUUCCUAUCAAGGAGGUGGAGAUCUGGCCCAGCGUGUCUGCUCUGCCUGCAGUGCAGAUGGGCUCAGCAGUGGAGGAUAAGAGGAAAGAGUCUAUCCAGAACGGCCAUUACCCAGAUCCACCAUCCCCUCCAAGCCCACCUAAAGAGGCCACACCACCACCACCACCACCACCACCACCACCUCCACCUCCACCACCGCCAGCUCUGCUACAGACUGACGCUACAGCUGGCGUUCCAAGUUCAAUCACAGCCCCAAGUCCAGCUCAGGUGGCCUCAGACUCACCUCCAACCCCAGACAAGCUGUCUCCAUCCCCUGGGAAGGACGGCCCUCCGCUGCCGACCAAGCCCAAACCAAAGCUAGCUGAGAAUUUAAAGGAGGAGGCAGAAAACUACAGGAACGCGUCCCAGCUGAAGCAGCUGCAGGACCAGAUUCUCUUGGAGCAGCAGGAAGCAGCCAGUUGGCAGCAGCAGCAGCAGCAGCAGCAGCAGCAGGAAGUCCCGCCUCCACCCCAGGAAGCGCCUCCACCACCUCCUCCUCCUCCUCCGUCUCCGCCGCUCCCCCCUCCCCCCUCCUUCCAGGAGCUGGAGAGCAGCGUAGCCAUGCAGGCCAGCACCUUCAACUACGCCCGGCCCAAGCAGUUCAUCGCCGCCCAGAGCCCGGGCGCGGCCGCCUACGUGGGCCCGUCCUCCGGCUCCUCCGGGUCCAACCUGUCCUCGCCCCUGUCUCCCUCCGCCUCGCACAAGCCCUUCGGCAGGGUGCCGAUGCCGCCCCUCUCCAAGUCUGGCAGCGUGGAGUCUCCGGGCUCCCCCUCCUUCCCGCCCCCGCCGCCCCCCUUCCUCAGCGCCGCUAACCUGCCCGCUCUGUCCGGUUCCGCCCAGGACUUCCCCCCUCCCCCUCCGCCUCCCCCUCCGCCCCUCUCCAUGUCUCCAGCCCACUCGGACGUGUCCUCGCCGUUCUCGUCGGUCCCUCCGUCUCCUGCCUCCAGCUUCCUAUCCUCCGUGUUGCCCUCCACGCCAGGCAGCCCCCCAGUCAACGCUCUGGGCCUCCCCAAAGGCAACGGCACUGUCAAAGCGUUCCCCAGGAAGUCCUCGGUCACCAAGACGCCCCGCAUCGCCUCCGACUCGGACAUCCAGGGGUCCAAAGAUGCCGUCAUCCAGGACCUGGAGAGAAAGCUGCGCUUUAAAGAGGAGCGGAUAAGCAAUGGUCAACAGAGGUUAACCUAUGAGGAGAAGAUGGCUCGCAGGCUGCUGGGCGCCGACAACGCCGCCACAGUCCUAAACACACAGGACACAGAGGAGGAGCCGGUCACACAGGAGGACAGGAAGUCACCCGAUAGAGACUUUUUCUCCCUCAAGGAAUACAAAGUGUCCAGCUUCGAGCAGCGCCUCAUCAGCGAGAUCGAGUUCCGCCUGGAGCGCUCCCCCGUGGAGGAGUCGGACGACGACGUGCAGCACGACGACGGCGACGAGCAGCAGGGGGCGGCGCCGUCCUUCGACCACAAGCUCAAACACUACAAAGUGUUUGAGGGCAUGCCGGUCACCUUCUCCUGCAAGGUCAACGGAGACCCCAAACCAAAGGUUUACUGGUUCAAAGACGGCAAGCAGAUCUCCAAGAGGAGCGAGCACUACAGGAUCAGCCGGGACGCGGAUGGAACCUGCUCCCUGCACACGGCCGCGGCCUCGCUGGACGAUGACGGCAACUACACCGUCAUGGCCGGCAACCCGGCGGGCAGGGUGAGCUGCACCGGCAGGAUGAUGGUGCAGGCGGUGAACCAGCGCGGCCGCAGCCAACGGCCCACGCCCGGACACAUGCGCAGGCCCAGGUCCAGGUCCAGAGACAGCGGCGACGAGAACGAUAACAUCCAGGAGCGUCACUUCCGCCCUCACUUCCUGCAGGCGCCGGGUGACCUCAUCGUUCAGGAGGGACGCCUGUGCCGCAUGGACUGCAAGGUGAGCGGCCUGCCCACUCCGGACCUCAUCUGGCAGCUGAACGGACAGACCAUCCGGCCCGACUCCGCCCACAAGAUGCUGGUGAGGGAGAACGGCGUGCACUCGCUGGUCAUCGAGCCGGUGACGAGCCGCGACGCCGGCAUCUACACCUGCAUCGCCAGCAACAGGGCUGGACAGAACUCCUUCAACCUGGAGCUCAUCGUGGCUGCCAAAGAGAUGCACAAGGCCCCCUCGUUCAUCGAGAAGCUGCAGAACACAAGCGUGGCCGAGGGUCAUCCUGUGAGGCUGGAGUGCCGCGUGGCCGGCGUUCCGUACCCGCAGAUCUUCUGGAAACGGGAGAACGAAUCCUUCACCCACAACACGGACAGAAUCAGCAUGCACCAGGACAACUGUGGCUACUUGUGUAUGAUCAUCCAGCCAGCGCUGAAAGAGGAUGCCGGUUGGUACACGGUGUCAGCGAAGAACGAAGCUGGCAUCGUGUCCAGCACCGCACGCCUCGACGUCCACGCUCAGUGGCAGCAGCCGAACCUCCCCAAGCCCAAGAAGGUGCGUCCCUCCACCAGCCGCUACGCCGCCCUGACGGAGAGGGGGCUGGACGUGAAGGCCGCCUUCUUCCCCGACUCCAGCCCGCUACCUCCCGGGGGCCUGGUGGAGAGCGACGACCUGUAGAGACAGUCAGGCACGGAGGACGACGUCACGCUGAAGGCUGGCCUUGCUCCUGAGGAGGGGGACGGAAAGCAGAGCCCAUCCACCGUCACUGAACUCCAAACACAGACCUACAAGGUCGGACCCAGCGAGAGGGUAGUCAUGCUUUUCUUAUGAUUUGUAGUCUGACACAACACAUUGUAGUAGAGAAUUCAUCGCGUUGGUGCCCCAAGCUUCGCUUUUAUCAACUGGACCUGGAAGUGCCUCUGAUUUCUGUGAAGAAUGCAAUGAAAAUAAAAUUACUAUGCAUGUCCAAGUGGUGCCAGACUAAAACUGCACCGACUCAGUGUAGAUGGAACUCUGACGAAGGAGAUCUCAGACCUGUUACGUGGGCGUGUGUAGCGACAGUAACUGUAGGUAGUUACAGGUCACAGAUGCAGGACAAGGCCGGGCCUUAAGAACUGUACAAUUAUAGGCGUUGAAAUAAGAAGAAAUAAGGUUUUUUGAAAAGUAAACGUUCACGCGUGCGCAAGAUUUGUGGACGGAGCAGAACUUUCAGGAAGGUCGGAUCGUACGAUGAGAAGACGAACGAGCGGGACGUGAGUGAGCAGGUUGAGAAAAAUGGAGUAAUGGUGGGAAAUUCUGGUCAUGUUUUUUUUCUUUCGCUGUUUAUUCUAGAGGUGUGAAUUCAAACUAGGGUCACGGUUUCUGUUUGUCAAACACGUUUUCCAUUUUAUUUUUAUAUGAAACAAAAAUCUGCAGUUUUGACACAAGUUCUACCAGCGAUCCCUUAGUUCUGUCUCUACCUUGAAGUUUUAUAAAUGUAUUUACUGCCUUAAAUCACAUUUAGGAUUAAUCACAUUUGCUUUGCAUGUCGUUUUUGGACUUGUACAGUGCCAAAAAAGCUUCGACCCAGAUGUAUAAAACACAGCUUUUCUCAGCAUUCAGGGGUAGCAAACUUUCUAAGAUGGUGAAAAAAUGAAAAGCAAAUUAUAUUUAUAUCUAUUUUUGUCACCUCUGUGAUACCAUACGAAGAAGACGUCCUUGUCUGAGUCUGUUUGGAGCUCGCAUCAGCCGACAGUUACCGUGUUUGCACAUUUUUAUGCCAAUCAAUGCCUGUAUAUGGAUUGUUCUCCUGAUGUUAUUUUAGGUUAUGAAAGUUAAUAAAAAAAAAUCUAACUCUUCAA